CUAUCCGCCGUUCUGUUCAACGGGGCGCCCAUCUUUACUGGGCUGUGGUCUCGAGAUAAAAGGCGUCUGACAUUCCGCCCUCCCUUCCUCACCUCCCCAAACAACAACCGCUCUAUCUACUUGCACACUAGCUCUUACCAGUACAAUGGAUCAACCCAAAAAUGUCUGACUUGACCAUCGAAGGCGUCCCCCUGGCUUUCCUGCAGCUUUGCCAGUCCAGUUUUGAGAAUGCGAAGAUUGAGUCCAACAAGCCCAAGGACAAGGUCGACCAGACCCGCCUCACCAAAAACUAUCCCGACGCCUACACCGACACCCACGGCCUGCUCAGCGGCCAGCCCUUCAUCGUCAAGACCGGCCCUGCCUGGCCCAAGCGCCAGGACGGUCCCAAUGCCCAACCCUUCCGUCGCGAGUUACGCCCCGUCAACGGCCAUCCGAUCGCGUCCUCCUGGGACGGCAUCCUCACCGACAUCGAAGUGUACCUCAAGGAAGCUAGGCUGGCGUUCACCGCUGUCAUGCCACUUGGCUUCGCCAACGUCGGAUCGAAGAAGCCCUUCUGCCCGCUGGUGGUGGCCAUCGGUGUGGAGCCCGAGACCGUGGCCUUCGAGGACGCGAAGGCCGUCGCCGCGUCCGUCAAGAUCAACAUCCUCGCCAACGCCGGCUUCGACGACAUCGACGUAGCUGUGUGGGAAUUCACGACGUCCCUCUCCGGUGCUGGAGCCAAGCUCCCGUCCCUCGACCCCGAGCUCGACGGGCCCGUCACCGAGUUCCGGCACCCGUUCGCAUCCACCCUCGGCAUCGCCGUAGCGCCCCUCAAGCAGCCCGGGUACGAGGGCUCUCUCGGCAUGUUUCUCACCCCCGGCGACGGCGACGAACUCCUGGCUCUGACUGCUGCCCAUGUCGCGCGCCCCCUCUCGAUCUUCCCCGACAAUAAGGGUUUGUCGGUAAAGGCGGCCGACAGGCACCACGAAGAGAUCAUCGCGCUCGGGUACGAGGCGUACCAGCUCGGAAUCAAGCGGAUCCAGACCGAGGUCGGAAACCUCCAGCAGGGCAUCAAGGCGGAGGAGCUGAGGGCCCAGGGGCUGCAGGGUCGGCUGGAUGGUGGUGCGGUAGAUACGAACGAGAGGAUCGCCCCUGGGAUCAGGGCCGCCGGGCAGAACGUGGAGAUUGCGAAGGAGACCAUUAAGCAGCUGAACCUUCUCCACAGCCACGUCACCCAGUAUAUGCCUAUCCGCGACAACCGCUGCAUCGGACACGUCUUGUAUGCCGACCCCAUCGGCGCCUCCUCCGAUGGGCCCGACGGGUACACCAGGGACUGGGCUGUCGUUAAGAUCGGAAAGGACGCAUUCGCCGACGAUUUCCAGGGCAAUACGAUUUAUAUCGGCGACAAGUUCAAGGAGCAAACUUUCCUGGACAUCAUGUUUCCCAACGUCGCCGACCGCGAAGGCUACGGAUACCCGGAGCAUGGCCUGCUCCGCCUCCGCGGCGUCGUUCCCUUGGACGAGAUUCUCAACCCCAAGCAGCUCGACGCCAACGGCGACCCCGCCAUGGCGGUGGUCAAGAACGGGAGGACUACAGGAACGACUGCGGGUUGCAUGAGCGGCUUGAAGUCCCUCGUUCGUUAUUACAAGUUCAUCGAUAUCGAGUUCACAUCUCGCGAGCUCACCGUCGUCCCCUACGACGGCGCGCGUGGCGCCUUCUCGGAUGCAGGCGACUCGGGCUCGAUCAUCGCCGAGCGGGGUGGCCGCAUCGUCGCCCUGCUGACCGGCGGCGGCGGCAUCACCAACGCUACCGAUGUCACCUUCUGCACCCCCUACUGUGAGCUCGAGAAGCGCAUCAAGGAGGUUUUACCCGGCGUCCGCCUCCUCGAUUAGGCUGGUCUCCGGUCGCGAGCUCGCACUCGGCGCGCAACGGGCUCCCCGACGAACCCGCAUAUACCCCUCUCACCUCGUUUUCUCCUUUCGUCUCGCCUCGUCUUCUCUUCCUCGCCCCGUCUUCCUCGCCUCGUCUUAUGUUUCUCGGCUCGUCUUCUCUUUCCCGGCUGGUCUUUACAUUCACGCUCGUUGUUUCCCCUUUCCGUUUUCCUUUCCGUCCCUCUCGUUAUUUACUCGAGAAGCGCCGACUGUCGCCGGCAGCAGACCUUGCGACUGAAUACCGGAAGUGGUUGGAA